AUGCGCACCACAGAUCUUACCGGGAUUUAACAGUUGUAGUAUUUUGUCCAAAAAAUAGUCAAUAUAAAAUAAAAAUGAUUUUGUAAUGUAUAAAUUAAAGGUUAUAAAAUAACGCUCAAGAAGAUGUCAAGCAUUGGAAUUGUUUAUCUUAUAUUAUUCGCCCUAUCUUAUACAGAUUGCAAGUUUCACAAAAAUAAAAAAAGUCAUAUAAAUGCUACAUUCGAACACACCGAUCAUAAUAGUGAUAGUUUUUCAAAUAAAUAUGAAGGUAAACAGACAUUCUCUUAUUCAGUACCUAAAUCUGCUUCUGGAGCAUUUAAACUUAAUAACGAAAAAGAAACUUUUUUUUUUGAUUCCGAUGGAGAUUUUGAUAACUUUGACACUGCAUCAAAAGAUUUUUUACGCUCCUUCAUACCAAAAAGUAUGUUUAAAAACCAAUUAUUUGAAAUAAACAGUAAAAUUCAAAACGAGUUUUUUAAUAACGUUCACAAUACAGAUGGAAUGGAGCUUGGAUCAAUGGAAAUGGAUCCUGAUUAUAUUUUAUAUAAAUCACGUGAUAUGAAAAGAGGUUUUAAUAACAGCAACCACAAUGUACCAGAAAAUAAAAAUGUUACAGAGGAAUUUAUAAGCAGCCAUGAGUCAGAGCCAUCCCUUGAUGAUGAUGAAAAUGAAGAGUCAUUUGAUAAUGAUGAAAUUGAAGAUGACAAUGAAGCACUUGCAGAAUCAGAAACUAAUGUUAGUCAAGAUGAUGAAGAAAAAGAACUUGAAGCAGAGGAGUCAAGUUAUGCUUAUGAAGACUCAAAUCAAAGUGAUGAUGCAAAUGAGGAUGUCCUUGAUCAAGACUUUGAGAAUGAAUAUGAAAAAGUAAAUGUCCAAAGCAAAGAAUUUAUGAGUGGUCCAAAAGAAGAUUUACUAGGAGCAGUUCGACAGGUUGGAGGACAGCCUCAGAUGCAGGUUAAACAAGGAGGCUCAACUCAAAGUGUCUCAAUGCGUGGAGCAGGUGGAUCUAUUGGAGGAGGUUUUGCUAGUGGUGGAUCUGGUGGAGGAAGUAUGUUGUCAGUGUCAAGUGGUGGAGGUCAGUGGAAGUCAGGGAGUCACAGUAUGGGCGGAGCUGGAGGUAGUUGGGGAGGAGGAGGCCAAGCUAGUAAGGGUGGAGGAGGAGGUUGGGGAGGAGGAGGUGGGAGUAUUGGAGGAGCAACUCUUGGAAAAAGUGCAGGUGGAGGGUUUUCUUCAGGAACUGCUGCUGGAGGAGGAUUAGCUGGGGGUGGUUCAGCUGAAGGAAACAGAGUUGGAGGAGGUGCAGCAGGAGGAGGUGCAGCAGGAGGAGGUGCUGCAGGAGGAGGUGCUGCAGGAGGAGGUGCUGCAGGAGGAGGUGUCGCAGGAGGAGGUGCAGCAAAUAAAGCAGGUGGAGCAAAUGGAGCAAUAGUAGGGAGUUUAGCAUUAGGAGGUGGGUCCAGUGGAAUAGGUGUAGCAGGAGGAGCAUAUGGUUUGGGUGGAAUGAGUAACAUAGGUGCUGCUAAUGCUUCAAUGGAAGCAAAUAAAGUCUUUGGAGCUUCAAAGCAUAAAUUAGCAAUUCAAGGGGUUUAUAUGAAUCCUGAAAUGGUUCGAAUUGGUGGAAAACUGGUACAUAUUACUACAACUGUACAUAUUCCACCUCCCAAACUAAAUCUUGCUGUACAGUUGCAAAAAUGGGAUUGGAGAGUUUUUGCUGCUGGAUUCAAAUAUGAGUCUGUUGGAAAAGCGAGUGUGGGAAUAUUAGUUGAUGGAUCGUAUGGAAAGCACAUUGAAAUGAUAAAGCGUUGGGCCUACAACUUUAUUCUGAUGUUUAAGAGAGGUUCUUAUAUAUCAAUAAGUACUUUUGGAGAUUCAGUUAAUUUGAUAAAUGGCUUUAAAACAUUUUCAAAGUCUUCAGAUAUAAAAGAAAAAUGCAUGGAGAUUUUACCACUCCCUGGUCGUAAAAUAGGAGAAGCAUUAGAAUAUUAUUAUAACUUGUUUCAAGCUAUUAAAUUAGAAGCAAAGUUGAAAAUGUUUUUGUUUAUGUUCUUGAAAGGCAAUACUCACGGUGAAAGUGCAAAAAUGGAGGAAUUUGGUGGAAAAUUAAAAAAGCUUGGAGUUAAGAUAUUUGUUAUGGCAACAGGAUCUGGUGUUAGCCUUAGUGAAAUGCAAAAGUUUACUAAGCCAACUAGAAUAUUUCAAGCAUUGAAUUAUGAAGCUGUUAUAAUGGGAGGUCCUGCACUGAAAAUUGGAGGUCAACCAAGUAUUAUGAAGCAAUCUAUUUUAAGAAUCAUUCAAGCAAGACUUCAAAGAUAUCUCGGUUUGGAAGUAGGCACUUCUUCUCCCCACUCUGUUCAUGAUAAAGGGCAUAUUCACAGAGAAUGGUGGUAUAAAAGCUGGCAAUGGGAUAAACAGUAUCAAAAAGACUCAUCCUUUGAUUUUAAAUAUGGCGGUGUUGGCAAAGCUAAUAUUGCUUUUGUUGUUGAUGGAACUAGUGCAGAACUUAUCAUGUUUCUUCAACGCUAUGUGUAUAAUUUAAUUAGGUUGUUCCAACAACAAGGAACAUACACAACAAUUAUGACAUAUGGUAGAGACCAAUACCGGAUUGCCAGUUGGGUAUCAUUUGUUAGUCCACAGGCAGUGCAGAAAUAUUGUGGAUCAAUACCUUUUAUCCAAACAAAAUAUCGAAACACUGCAGCAGCUUUGGAAGAAAUGUUUCAAUUAUUUUCUGUUCAAAAAUCUAAAAAUAAUAACCCAAACAUUUUAUUCUUGUUGGUUACAGGAACCUCUAGUGACAAAAGUAAAUUCAAAGAAGUUGGAGAGAAGUUUAAAAGUUUAGGUGUUAAAGUUUGGGUGGUUGCGCCUGGGCCUGAUUCUGGAGAAAUUUUAAGUGAAAUUAAAGAUAUUGUUGCACAAGAAUAUACAAUAGCUGGUGAUGCAAAGGCUGUGGUUGCUAAAGAAGCGCUAUCUUCAAUGUUAAGUUCCCUUACACAAACUGCUGGAACUGGCAAUAUUAUGGCAUCAAUAACCGGUGCUGCUAGCAUGAUAAGAGUACAAGAAAAAUGGAAUUGGAAAGCUGGAUUGAAAUCUAUUAGCUAUGGGCACUUGAGUCGUGCAAAUGUGGGAAUUUUAGUUGACGGUGUUGAUGUUGAAAAAUUUGGAUUUUUUCGGCGUAUGGUUUACAACAUAAUAAGAAUGUACUCAUUAAGUGGAACUUAUAUUAAUAUUAUGGUUUAUGGCUCUGAUGUCUUUCAAGUAGUUAAUUUUGCUCAGUUCAGAAGUGCAGAUGAUAUUAAAAAAGUCUGCAAUUCAAUGCCUAAAGUAGCAAAUGGUGUUCGAAGUACUGGGAACGCUCUAAAAACAAUGCUUAAUGCAUUCAGUGAGGCUCCUGCAGGAAAUGCAAAUGUUUUAUACUUAAUAACUUCUGGACAAGCUGCUGACGAUGUAGUAAAUCCUUCAAAUUUAUUACGCAAAUAUGGUAUUAAAACAUUUGCCUGUGGCAUAGGAAAAGAUGUUACAGCAAAGUAUCUUGAUUCAAUAUCAUUUUCAUCAAGCACUUCAUUCAAAAGUUCUGUUAGUGGACUUGUUAACACAAUUGGACUGAUGCAGUCUUCAGCUGCUUCAAUUGUUGGAACAAUAUCUAAAGCAUGUGGAAAAUCUGGUCAUAUCAGCAGCAAAAAGGCUGAUAUUGUUAAAGACUGGCACUGGAAAACCUAUGGGGUGGAUUUUACAUAUAAUUCUUGUAGCAAAGCAUCUAUUGGAUUUCUUAUUGAUGGUACUAACAAACAUCACUUUGAUGUUCUACAGAAGUUUGUUUUUAAUAUAUACAAGUUGUUUGCGUUGGAUUCAUCUGCUGCUUUUAUGACUUAUGGUGGAGAAACAGACAAUAGUAUGACCAUGUUUAGAAAAUUUCCAGACAUGACUGCUUUCCAGACUGCUUGCUCUUCUAUUUCCUAUUACGGUUCAAAAGGUAGAAAAACAGGAGCGGCAUUAAAUGCUUUUACAAAGACCUUUACAGACAAUGCUGGUGAUAAGAAGCUAUUAUUCUUGAUUACAACAGGAAAAAGUGAUGAUGAUGUUGCUACACCGGCGAAAGCGCUUGUUGCAAGUGGAGUAUCAAUUUUUGCCAUAGGUAUUGGUGAUAAAAUUACCAGUAGUGAGUUAAAGACGGUAUCACGAUACUACUUGAAUACAAAGUGGAAAGGGUUGCUUACAUCUAUGAUGAAAAUUCAGAAUUCAGUUGUCAAAGUUGUUGGCAAGAAUCCUCUACAAAAAGUUGAACCUGGUAUUCAAUUAAAAAUACCUCCUGGAGCUCCAUUUAAGUUACCACCACUUUCACCUCCAAUGAACAGUUUCAUUGACAGUUCUGCCAUGCAACCAAUUGGAAAACUACAAAGUUCAUGGGAAUGGAAUAAGUUGUUAGCUGGUUUGAAGUAUAAUGCUUUGAAUGCUUGCAAUCUUGCUAUAAUGGUUGACACUUCAAAGAAAGAGAACAUUGAUAUAGUUCAGCGAUUUAUAUACAAUAUUAUCAUGUUAUUUAAGUUGAGUGAUACUGUUGUAUCUGUAUUCACCUUUGGAAGUGAGGAGGCAACGUUGUUUGAGUCAAAAAAGUUCAAUGACCCGCGAGAAAUUAAAAAAGAACUUGGUGAGUUAAAAGCAAAAGAAAGUGAAACUUGUAACACAGGAAAAGCUCUGAUGUAUGUAAAAGAUAAAUAUGUGAGCAAGGUUUUAGAAAAGCCCAAUAGAAAAAAAAUGAUUUUUUUGCUGACAAGCUCGCAAUCUGCAGAUGAUAUAAGUAAAGGUGCUGAAGAGCUCAAAGGAACAGGGGUGGUUGUGUCCGCAAUAGGAAUUGGUAAUGACUACAGUCAAGAAGAAUUAAAUAUGCUAGCCUCUAAUGGUCAGUUAGCAAUGUCUGGAACAGCAGCUGAUAUGGCAACUUUUGUUUCACGUAUUCUCUUUUCUAUAACAAUGAUUAUCAAUGGGCUACCAAAUUCACCUUCAAUAACACUUGCAUCCAUGGUUGGUGAUGGAAAUGGUCAGUUAUUGUCAAGUAUUUUAAACACUGUCCAGUCAGUAAGCACUGCUGUCGAAAAUGCUGGAAUUAUAGCAAUUGGUUCUGGAAUAGGUGCUGGUACUGGCGAAGCCAGUGGCAUUAGUGGGGGUGUUGCUUCCGGAAGUCUUGGAGGUAUUGCUGGAAAUGGUGUUUCUAGGGGAGGUGCAACUGGUGAAGGAGGUGCAGCUGGUGGUAUUGGUGGCGUGGCUGGUGGAGGUGCAGCUGGUGUAGGAGGUGCAGCUGGUGUAGGAGGUGCAGCUGGUGUAGGAGGUGCAGCUGGUGUAGGAGGUGCAGCUGGUGUAGGAGGUACAGCUGGUGAAGGAGGUGCAGCUGGUGGAGGUGUAACUGGUGGGGGUGCUGCUGGCGGAAUCAGUGCAACUGGAGAAGGUGGAGUUGGUUUAGGUGCAGCAGGAGGAGGUGCAGCAGGAGGAGGUGCAGCGGGAGAAGGUGCAGCAGGAGAAGGUGCAGCGGAAGGAGGUGCAGCAGGAGAAGGUGCAGCAGGAAGAGGUGCAGCAGGAGAAGGUGCAGUAGGAGAAGGUGCAGCGAGAGGAGGUGCAGCAGGAGAAGGUGCAGCGGGAGGAGGUGCAGCAGGAGAAGGUGCAGCAGGAGGAGAUGCAGCAGGAGGAGUUACAGUGGGAGGAGGGGCAGGAGGAGGUGCAGCAGGAGAAGGUGCAGCUGGUGGAAGUGUAGCUGGUGGUGGUGCAGCUAGUGAGCAAGGUGCUGCUGGUGGAGGUAUAGCUGGUGGAAGUGUAGCUGGUGGAGGUUCAAUUAGUGGAGGUGCAGCUGGUGAAGGAGGUACAGCUGGUGAAGGAGGUGCAGCUGGUGAAGGAGGUGCAGUUGGUGGAGUUAAUGCAGCAGGUGGAGGUUUAGCUGGUGGAGGUACAACUGGUAAAGACAAAACAAGUGGUGAAGGAAGUGUAACUGGUGGAGGUGCAGCUGGUGGAGGAGGUGCAGCCGGCGGAGGUGUAGCUAGUGGAGAAGCAGCUGGUAAAGAAGGUGCAACAGAGGAAGGAAGUGUAGCUGGUGGAGGUGCAGCCGGUGGAAGUAUAGCUAGUGGAAGUUCAGCUGGCAGAAUGAAUGCAACAGGAGAGGGAGGUGCAGCUAAUGGAGGUGCAGCUGGUAGUGGUGUAAGUGGUGAAAUAGGUGUAGCUGGUGAGGCAGGUGCAGCAGGCGGAGCAAGUGCAACUGGAGAAGCAGGUGCAGCUGGUGGAGGUGCAGCAGGUGGAGGUGCAGCAGGUGGAGGUGCAGCAGGUGGAAUAAGUGCUACUGGAGAAGCAGGUGCAGCUGGUGGAGCUGAUGCAGGUUUACCUGGUGAAGGUGCAGCUGGGGGAAGUGUAGCUAGUGGAAUAAGUGGAACAGGAGAGGGAGUUGCAGCUGGUGGAGGUGAAGCAGUUGGAGGUGCAGCAGGUGGAGGUGCAGCUGGUGAAGGUGGUGCAGUGGGUGGAGUGAGUGCAACUGGAGAAGCAGGUGCAGCUGGCGGAAGUGAAGCAGGUCUAAGCGCAGCUGGUGGAGGCACAGCUGGUAAAGAAGGUGCAGCAGGUGGAUUGAGUGCAACUGGAGAAGCAGGUACAGCUGGUGGAGGUGAAGCAGGUGUAGGUACAACUGGUAAAGGUGUAGAUAAUGGAAUAGGUGCAGCAGGUGGAGGGGAAGUCAAUGGUGGAGCAGCUAGUGGAGGUGAAGGUGGCGGAGGAUCAACUGGUGAAGGUGCAGCUAUUGGAGGUGCAGCUGAUGGAGAAGCAGCUGGCAAAGGUGCAGCUGGUAAAGAAAGUGCAGCGGGUGGAGUAAGUGCUACUGAAGAAGGAGGUGCAGCUGGUGGAGGUGCAACUGGUGAAGGAGGUGCAGCUGGUAAAGAAGGUGCAGCAGGAGGAAUAAGUGCAACUGGAGAAGCAGGUACAGCUGGUGGAGGUGAAGCAGGUGUAGAUGCAGCUGGUGGAGGUGCAGUUGGCGGAGGUGCAACUGGUGGAGGUGCAACUGGUGAAAGAGGUGCAGCUGGUAAAGAAGGUGCAGCGGGUGAAAUAAGUGCAACAGGAGAAGCAGGUGCAGCUGGUGGAGGUGAAGCAGGUAUAGAUGCAGCUGGUGGAGGUGCAAAUGGUGGAGGUGCAACUGGUGAUGGAGGUGCUGCUGGUAAAGAUGGUGCAGCGGGUGGAAUAAGUGCAACUGGAGAAGCAGGUGCAGCUGCUGGAGGUGAAGCAGGUGAAGGUACGGCUAGUGGAGGUGCUGCGGGAGGAAUAGGUGCUACUGGUGAAGCAAGUGCAGCUGGUGGAGGUGAAGCAGGUAGAGGUGCAGCUGGUGAAGGUGCAGCGGGUGGAAUAAGUGCAACAGGAGAGGGAGGUGCAGCUGGUGGAGGCGAAACAGCUGGAGGUGCAGCUGGUGGAGGUGCAGCUGGUGGUGGUGCAGCUGGAGAAGAAGGUGCAGCUGGUGGAGGUGCAGCUGGAGAAGCAGGUGCAGCUGGUGGAGGUGCAGCUGGUGGAGGUGCAGCUGGAGAAGCAGGUGCAGCUGGUGGAGGUGCAGCUGGAGAAGCAGGUGCAGCUGGUGGUGGUGCAGCUGGAGAAGCAGGUGUAGCUGGUGGAGGUGCAGCCGGUGGAGAAGCAGCCGGAGAAAUAGGUGCAGCUGGAGGAAGUACAGCUGGUGAAGGAGGUGUUUCUGGAGGAAGUACUGGUAAAGGAGGCCCUGUUGGUGGAGGUGCAACUGGUGAAGAAGGUGCAACUGGUGGAGGUGGUACAACUGGUGGAAUAAGUGCAACUGGAGAAGGAGUUGCAGCUGGUGGGGGUGCAGCUGGUGGAGUUGCAGCUGGUGGAGUUGCAGCUGGUGAAGGAGCUGCAGAAGGUGGAGAAGGUACUGCUAGUGUACCAGGUGUAAAUGGUGCAGCAGGUGAAUCUGGUAAAGAAGCUGGCGGUGUUAAUGCAGGAGGAGGUUCUACAGGUGGAGGAGGUUUAAAUGGUGGUGAAGGUUCAAUUAGCGAAUGUUCUUCAAAGGGAGCAUCUAAUGGAUGCUCUGCUACUGAAACAGGUAAUGUGGUAAGCACAUCUGAAGGAAACACUCCUGGAAAUAAUCCAGGUUCUACCGUCGGAAAUAAUGGAGGAUGCAAUAAAGAAUCGCUGACAUGCACUUGCUCUCCAAAAUGCUCUAUUUGUUGUCAACCAAUUAUAUGUAAUCCUAGAGCUCGAAACUGUAUUACGCGAGUAGAACCAUUAAUAAAAUCCUUUAGUAAUAUAGGAAAGCAUGGAUAUAGUGUAGGAAAUGGGCAAGCAGCCAAUGAUGAAAAAGAAAUUAACACUAUUCAACAGUUGUUAGAAGAUUUCUAUGGCGAAGACACAGUUAAAAAAAGAAGUUUCCAUCCAAGAUUAUCAAUUGGUAGAUUAGCAAAUAAAUGAAGAUCAACUAAUUCCUUUCUGCAGCGAAUUUUCAAUGAAUUUAAGUGCAUCAAGCAUACUAGCGACAAGCGUAAUACUGACCCAAAGAAAUUGUUUUCUGUAGAAAACAGUUGUGCAUUAUUGCUUGUUAUAGCAUAUUUUUACAAAUCUUUGCAAUGCAACAACCCAAAUUAAUGCUUUAAAGACUAUAUUAGUUUUUAAUUAAGAUGUUGCACUAUAAAAGACAAAGCAAGCACGUUGCGAACCAAUCCGUACCAAUCCUACUAUCGUAGUUGAAGACCAUCAACCAUGAUGCGAACUUAUAUUUGUUAAUUGCUAUGUAGAUAUAUUUGUGUUUUAUAAAUAAAUUUUGCAAUGUAUAUAAAAAGUUGAGAAAAAAAAUAUUAUUUGUAUUUAAUUUGUUUACUGUAAAAUUAUUGGUUAAUAACGUUUUUAUUGACUUGAAUUUAUCUUAAGGUA